UAUUCAGUUAUACUUGGAGCUAAAGGAGAGAGCACGUAACCUUUCUCAGCAAAAUCAGAUUUUUGACCAAACGAUUCAAUCGCUAUGGAUGACGAAGUCGCCGCAUUGGUAGUGGACAAUGGGUCCGGAAUGUGUAAAGCGGGGUUCGCUGGGGAUGACGCUCCACGUGCAGUGUUUCCAUCCAUAGUUGGACGCCCUAGACAUCAGGGUGUGAUGGUUGGUAUGGGACAGAAGGAUAGCUAUGUCGGUGACGAGGCCCAGAGCAAGAGAGGAAUCCUCACGCUCAAGUACCCCAUUGAACACGGCAUCGUCACAAACUGGGACGACAUGGAGAAGAUCUGGCAUCAUACCUUCUACAACGAGCUCCGUGUGGCUCCAGAGGAACACCCCGUCCUCCUGACAGAGGCUCCCCUCAACCCCAAGGCCAACAGGGAGAAGAUGACUCAGAUCAUGUUCGAGACCUUCAACUCGCCCGCCAUGUACGUCGCCAUUCAGGCUGUCCUCUCCCUAUACGCUUCCGGUCGUACUACAGGUAUCGUUCUGGAUUCUGGGGAUGGUGUCAGCCAUACUGUGCCAAUCUAUGAAGGUUACGCUCUCCCUCAUGCAAUCUUGAGAUUAGAUCUCGCUGGACGAGAUCUCACGGACUAUCUCAUGAAGAUCCUUACGGAACGUGGGUACUCGUUUACAACAACAGCCGAGAGAGAAAUCGUCAGAGAUAUAAAGGAGAAAUUGGCAUAUGUGGCGUUAGAUUUCGACCAGGAAUUGCAGACGGCUGCUUCGUCUUCAAGUCUUGAGAAAAGCUACGAAUUGCCCGAUGGCCAGGUCAUCACUAUUGGAAACGAAAGAUUCAGGUGUUGCGAAGCGCUGUUGCAGCCAUCAUUCUUGGGAAUGGAGAGUUCCGGAAUUCACGAGACAGCAUAUAACAGCAUAAUGAAAUGUGAUGUCGACAUUCGUAAAGACCUUUACGCAAACACCGUUCUUUCCGGCGGAAGUACCAUGUUCCCUGGUUUAGCUGACCGGAUGCAGAAAGAAAUCACUGCUCUGGCACCCCCAACCAUGAAAAUCAAGAUCAUUGCUCCACCAGAGAGAAAAUAUUCCGUCUGGAUUGGUGGAUCCAUAUUGGCUUCUCUGUCCACCUUCCAGCAGAUGUGGAUCAGCAAGCAGGAAUAUGACGAAUCUGGCCCAAGCAUUGUUCAUCGUAAAUGCUUCUAAGCGUCUGUAGGACACUGAAUACUUUUAUACGAAACUAACUUUCUUGCAAGAGCAACAUCACCAAGAGUUGCUACCGAAUAAUUCACGAUUUUGAAAGUUAUGGUCACGUGACUGAGCUUAAUGUAGAAACAGACAGCCUUCUAUUACAGGUUAAACGAUGUUCGUGAAUUAUCGCUAUUUUCAUCGGAUGUUAUCUUCCAUGGAAAGCGUGAAACGAUUUCCGGCCUCGUUAGGCAAUGGCGCAGAUUCCCUGUGUUUUAAAUCCUUUAUGAUGUAAUUCAAAAAUGACUCUUUGCGUUUAAUUAAAACAUCUAUUAACAUGUAUAUAUAAUUAAUCUUUUCUUGCAUUCUUCAGUUCUAUACAUCAACGUAAAUUUAUUUAUCUGUAUAUCAUGAUGUAAUGUGAUUUGCCCGUUGCAUUUUUCGUACUAAAUUGUUAAUAAAAAGAAUUUAGGUUAAACCAUGUUAUGACAAUGUGCGUGUUUUAACAUAAUAAACAUUUAUAUUGAAUAACAUACAACCCGGAAAAGUACGUUUAAGACAUCUUUAUAUUUUUAUAAAAAUUUAGAAAAUCUUCCUGCUGAGAUGUCUGUCAAUGUUUAUGUAAUAAAUUUUUAUUCUGUACCUAA